GGUAUAAGGGAGAGGAGAGGAAGUGGGUAUUAAAGGAGACUCGUGGAGGCUUCAAGGGAGCGAUGCGUGGACGGAAAACUGGACAGGUGACGAAGACAUAUAGACAUUCAUGCCUACAACACACACACAGAUCCUUUCUUCUUCUUCACAUGACCGAUCGUAACGCUUUCUUUCUUGUUUUGCGGUCUUGAUUCUCUUUUACAUACUUGCUGAGAAGAGAGAGGGGGGGAGGAGACAUGACGACGAUGGAGGUUGGAAAAGUGCUGUACAUAGUGGUGGUGGAUGAGGAGGAAAAUAGAGAUAAAGGGAAAGGGAAAGGGAAAGGGAAAGGGAAAGACUCUUUUAGAUAUACGCGUCCGGUUUUGCAGAGUACUCUGCAACUCAUGGGAUGUAAAGCACGUCAUGCUUUUAAGAUUAGCCAAAGGGUUUUUGAGCUCAUGAGAAGUGUUUCACAUUCGAAAGAAGUUGAGAUAACAGGAGUGGAUGCUUCAAAUGGAAAUAACGAAAAGGAAGAUGGUUUGUCCAGUGGAGUUUUCUUGGGUAAAACAGAGGUUGGUAAUAGUUUGGUUUCCGAGGAAGACAGAAAUAAGAGCAUACCAUUUGAAUUGUACAAAAGACGAACCACUGUAGUUGUUAGAAGAGAGGCUUUCUUGAAUUUUGUUUGUGAUGCUCUGACCGAGUACAAGUAUGUGGGGCCUAACCAGAGGGAAGACUUGGUUUUGGCUUGCAGAAUCCGUGAAAGGAAGGAAUCCGUGACAGUGCUGUUGUGUGGUACUAGUGGCUGUGGAAAAUCUACUUUGUCUGCAUUGCUGGGUAGCAGGUUAGGAGUUACAACAGUGAUAUCUACGGAUUCUAUUAGACACAUGAUGAGGAGUUUUGUAGAUGAGAAGCAAAAUCCUCUACUUUGGGCCUCGACAUACCAUGCUGGGGAGUUUUUAGAUCCUGUGGCUGUUGCUGAAGCAAAGGCUAAAAGAAAGGCAAAGAAAUUGGCAGGCACUGGAACUUUGCGUUCAAAGGAUGAAGUAUCUGAUGGCUAUACAACUGGGAAAUCUGGUAGCGGAGCACCAAAGGUGAGUUCUGGUGCUACUGAGGUUAUUAGUCCAAAACAAAUGGCAAUUGAAGGUUUCAAGGCACAAAGUGAGAUGGUGAUUGACAGUCUUGAUCGUCUCAUUACUGCAUGGGAAGAGAGGAAAGAAUCAGUAGUGGUCGAGGGUGUUCAUUUGAGCCUUAAUUUUGUGAUGGGGCUUAUGAAGAAACACCCUUCAAUUAUACCAUUCAUGAUAUACAUUACAAAUGAGGACAAACACUUGGAGCGAUUUGCAGUUCGUGCAAAGUACAUGACAUUGGACCCAGCUAAAAACAAAUAUGUAAAAUACAUUCGGAACAUCAGAACAAUCCAAGAUUAUCUUUGCAAACGGGCUGACAAACAUCUUGUUCCCAAAAUCAACAACACAAAUGUCGAUAAGAGUGUGGCAGCUAUUCAUGCAACAGUCUUCAGCUGCCUUCGAAGGUGGGAUGCAGGAGAACAGCUUUAUGAUCCUACCACAAACACUGUUGCUCUUGUUGAUGAGGAGUACAGGAACCAGUGUGCUGCAAAUUCAUUGAGCUCCAAGGGGAUGUUUCAGCUUAUUCAGAGAAAAGGUUCUUCAAGGCAUUUGAUGGCUCUUCUUAAUACUGAUGGGUCUGUUGCAAAGGCUUGGCCUGUUGAUUCAGUAGAUGGUAAUGGGAAGCUUGGAACAGGCCAUGGGACUGACAGUGGAAUAGGGACUCCAAUGUAUGGACCAUUGCAGAUAGGCAAGGCUGAACCAGUUAAUCUUCAGUUUGGUAACUUUGGAAUCAGUGCUUGGCCUAGUGAUGGUGGCACAAGUCAUGCUGGAAGUGUUGACGAGUCCAGGGCUGAUGGGACUGAUACAGGGAGCAGAUAUUACUCCUCUUGUUGCAGCUCGCCAAGGAAGCCUGAUGGGGCUGCCAAGGAGCUGAAGGAGGAGCAUUCAGUGAAUGGCAGUGAUGAAGAAGUUGACGAUCCACCUGAGGUGGACAGUGAUGAGGAUCUUAGUGAUGAUGAUGACAAGCAUGACCAUGAAGAGAUUGGCUCAGUUGAUGAGGAAUACACAAAAUCAGAUGAAGAAUAUGAUGAUCUGGCAAUGCAGGAUGUGCAGGAGAAUGGUUAUUGGUCAGACGAUGAUGAGGAGCCUAAAGAUAGGCUGCCCCCUAUUUCUGGGGGUAAUGUAAGCCCCAACAAAAUAGAUAAGUACAGGCAGAAUUUAGAGCGCUUCCUUGGAACUAGAAGUGAGCAGUUGGCUGAACCACUAUGCUCCUACUCUUCUCUGCUUGUGGAGCAAGGUGAGAGGAGAAUGUUGAGUUCAGGCAGUCUCAAAAUAAGAAAACGUUCACUCAGCAUUCCUGCCAUCAGAAAGCAUGGGUCAGUAAUUAGUGAUCCCAUUCUCUCCGGAGCACCCCAGAGGCAGAGUACGUUCUCCCCCUUCGUCUGUGUUCACAGCCAUGCCAGCACAGUACAUAGCAACCGGGUCUUACGUCUGCAUGGAAGCAGACCUUAGAACAUCGCCAUCGUUGAAGAAGACAGAGAGCAUGGCCAUCAUCAAGAGAGCUUUCCUAUUGCCAUGCCACCCUUUGGUUUUAAUAAAAUCUCAUGCCCUUUCAUCAAAAUCUUUAUACCUGUUGUGCAUCCUCGAUUGACUGCAGGCAUUUGAACAAUUUAUAUUACGGUUUUAUUGGAAAAUGUAAAAUAUUUUUGAAUACCCAUGGACCUUAUUAAUUAUGCCCAACAA